AGCAUCGCUCGCGCUGCACAAGCCCAUUCGAAAGCCCAGCCCGCCCUGCCACCACCGGUUUGGGGGCAGUAACUAAUCACUUGAAGGGCUUCAAUAAUCCCGCAAGCCAACAAGCUGUAGAGCCCAAGACGCACACACACAGUAAUUUUUUAAGGGAAAAAAAUAACAUCAAAAACAACAACAAGCAAAACACGAAGGCUAGACAUUAAGCAAGCCAAAAGUCCCCAGGGGAAGCUGGAAGAAGUUUGAAAUUGAUUUGCAAAAAAGGCUGGUGGUGUUUGCAAAGGUGGGGAGUGGAGUGGAGAACUGCUGCUGUUUAAUUGCACAUUCAAGUGGAAAAUUUUCCGGAGUCAGCAGAAACAUUGUAUCCAAAAAAGACAACAAAGUCACAGUUCCAACAAAACGAGGAGAUUGUCCCUGGAAAACUUCCUUUCGGUUUAUUCUCUUAAAGUGUCCAGGCUAAGGCUUGGAGAAACCAGCCACCAUCAUUGAGCCCAGCAGCUGGAGCGGCAGCGAGAGUCCUGCCGAGGACAUUGAGAGAAUGAGUGAUUCUGCCGAUAAACCUAUUGACAAUGACGCAGAAGGGGUCUGGAGUCCAGAUAUUGAGCAGAGCUUUCAGGAGGCCCUAGCUAUAUAUCCCCCUUGUGGGAGGAGGAAAAUCAUAUUGUCUGAUGAAGGCAAAAUGUAUGGUAGGAAUGAACUGAUAGCCAGAUACAUCAAACUUAGAACGGGAAAGACACGGACCAGGAAACAGGUGUCUAGUCACAUACAGGUCUUAGCCAGGAAGAAAGUUCGAGAAAUUCAAGCUGCCAUUAAGGUGUCUAGUCACAUUCAGGUUCUUGCCAGAAGGAAAUCUCGUGAUUUUCAUUCCAAGCUGAAGGUAACAAGCAUGGAUCAGACUGCAAAGGACAAAGCACUCCAGCACAUGGCAGCCAUGUCCUCCGCUCAAAUAGUAUCUGCAACAGCGAUUCACAAUAAGUUGGGUUUGCCAGGAAUUCCCCGUCCAACGUUCCCUGGAGCACCUGGAUUUUGGCCUGGGAUGCUACAAACAGGACAGCCCGGAUCUUCUCAGGACAUAAAGCCAUUCGUUCAGCAGGCCUAUCCUAUACAGCCCACAGUCACAACCCCCAUUUCAGGAUUUGAACCCACAUCAGCUCCAGCACCCUCUGUUCCAGCUUGGCAAGGUCGAUCUAUUGGAACAACUAAACUCAGACUCGUAGAAUUUUCUGCUUUUCUUGAGCAACAAAGAGAUCCAGACUCUUAUAACAAACACCUCUUUGUGCACAUUGGACAUGCCAACCACUCUUACAGUGAUCCAUUGCUGGAAUCAGUGGACAUUCGUCAGAUUUAUGACAAAUUCCCUGAAAAGAAGGGAGGCUUGAAGGAACUGUUUGGAAAAGGACCCCAGAAUGCCUUCUUCCUAGUAAAAUUUUGGGCGGAUUUAAAUUGCAACAUCCAAGAUGAUACAGGAGCAUUCUAUGGUGUAACUAGUCAAUAUGAAAGUUCAGAAAACAUGACAAUCACCUGUUCCACCAAAGUCUGCUCAUUUGGGAAGCAAGUGGUAGAAAAAGUAGAGACUGAAUAUGCACGGUUUGAGAAUGGCCGGUUUGUGUUUAGAAUAAACCGCUCCCCGAUGUGUGAAUACAUGAUCAAUUUCAUCCACAAGCUCAAGCAUUUACCAGAAAAAUAUAUGAUGAACAGUGUGUUGGAAAACUUUACAAUUUUGUUGGUUGUAACAAACAGGGACACUCAAGAAACCCUCCUUUGCAUGGCUUGCGUAUUUGAAGUUUCAAACAGCGAACAUGGUGCACAGCAUCAUAUCUACAGGCUUGUAAAGGACUGAACAGUUAUUUAUAGACACCUUUUCAACAUAACUCCUUAUGAAAACACAGACUGUCAACCUCAACACUAAAUGGCAGUUUUCUUUGGCUGAGCUGUCCCCAACAUUUUUCUAAACCUCAUUGGAGUGUGUUGACAAAUAUUGUAGCUGUGAAAUUCCGGUACAGUUGUACAAAUUCUUUCUUAAAACAAAGUGUUCUUCAAAUUUAUAAAGCCACCAUUUUGGAGGGAGACUAUAUUUAAGAAUUUGUGGAAGUUUUAAUUUGUUGUGUUAGAAAAAUGUAAGACAGAGCAAUUGCCAUGGAAAAGCUUAAUAGCAGUUAUAAGAAUUUAUGAGGUGUUUUGUCUAAAUUAAUAAAAUCAUGUUUCUAAGGUGCAAGUGAAACUGAAAUGAAUUUUGACUAAGCAUAAAUUAGCACACAAAUUCUUUUUUAAAAAGUAUCUUCAUAACUGAUUACUGUGGAAAAUACAGACGAAUGUAAAUCACUAAAUUAUUUUAUACUGCAACUCAAUUUCUGUUUGAAGCCAAAUGACAAACAUAGCCUUAAGAAAUGCCUGAUGGGAAUGGACAGGUCCUUAAAGUAGACAAAGUAUAUUUUUUUUCUUUCCCUCUAUAUUAAAACUAAUAUUCUAAUUCAUUGAAACUUUCAAGCAGGUAUUGCAAAGCGAGAAGACUUCCUCCCUUUUACUAAUUUUAUCUAGUGCAUUAAAAAGAUAUAAAAUAUUUGUACUAAUAAGGACAUUUGAUUAUUUAAUUAAAAGAUGGCUCGUUUUGCAAUAACUAGACAAAUACUGAAAGAUUAGACUUACAGUGUAUGUAAUCCUGUGUGCGUGAUUAUAUAUUAUAUGAAAUGGUUUUGUUUUGUUUUUCUCAACAACUCAAGAAAUUGCAACACCAAAAUUACCAAUUAGCAAAUGUAGGGGAGAGGGGCUUGAAAGUGCUAUUUUGUAAUUACAGUGUCAGGUAAAAGCCACAACAAUUAUUGUAAUUGAGAAAACAAUAGAAGAUCUAAAACAAAAGGUUCAUCUGUUUCAAUGUCUUUAGAAUCCUAGAAAUAUUUGACAUCAGACAAAAGACAGAAUGGUUUCCUUAAGCUAGUCCUGCUCGAUCCACCAGGCUAAGUAUAAAGUAUCAACUAUUUGUGGAAGCCCUAUUAAGGGCUUAAUACAUUUCAAGACUGUUUUAUACUGAAUCAGAUCACUGCUCCACCUAGCUCAGGUUUAUCUGUAGGGACUGGGAAUUAUUCUCCAGGAUAUCAAGCAAGAGUCUUUCCAAGACUGAGCCUUCUGCAUAUAAUGCCAGCACAUGGCUAUCUCCCUACACAAAUGAAUAGCCUCUCUGAAAAUUCAGAAUCAGUCUAAGGACUAUCAAGUCCUUGGCUGCCCCGAAUGCAUAUCUGGUGAGCUGCAGGUGGCUUGGUAGACUCUGUCUUAAUGAGAUUUGUCUUAAAAUUGUCAUGAUGCCUAUGAUGAUCAUGAAUGCAGCAUUCUCCAGCCUGAUGCUCCUCCAGAUGGGUUGGGCUAUAACUCUCUGAACACCCAACCAGCACUGAUGGUUAUGUUUGUGACCAACUUUCCUUUUGCAGACUUCUCUAUCCCUCUUCUUGUUGAUCAUCAUCCAUUCUGUCCACAAGUUUUCUGUUUGCUCAGGAGAAGGAACAGAGCACUCAUGCCAAAGGUUUGAAAAGAUUAUUUGCAUAGAGCUUCCUACACACAACACUCCCUUAAUCUAUUCUUUUUGGCUCUUCUGCUAUAAUUUCCCUUCAUCUGGGCUUCCCCCACCUGUAUGACUUUUUAGGCAUACAAUAUUUCAUACUGCUUAGGCACAUAAACAGAUUGUGCCUAUGUGGGGCUUGUUUCUCUUUCAGUAACAUAUUAUGUACAAAGUUUAUGUCUUCAUACAUGAGCCAGGCUGAAAUGUGGCUUAAUCAAGUUUAUAUUAAUAGAUCUGACAUUAGGAGGGGAGCAUGUUCACAGUAUGGUUAAAUAUGUGCUUUAAACAACUACUGUGAAUCUAAGCCAUCUCUUUACAGUAUGGGCCAUAAUUCAGCUUGUUGGUUGGAAGUACUGGCACAUGACAAUAUUAGCCACAAAUAACAAGUCAGACUUUCUUAGUUUCUUCACUUGUGGAAGCAGAUUUACUUGAGAAGUUCCUAGAAGCACAGCAAUAGGUAUCUGCAUCAAAAUGACAACAUAUGCACAGCAAUGUAAGGAUGCAAAUUCCAUUCUUACAUACUUGCAUUCCAACCCUUGAGACAAGGACAUAAUUUGUCAUUUUUCCAUCCUAAUGUCACUUUGCACAUUUUGUCACUACACCCCCUGCCCCUUUUUGUGGGUGCGUUUGCACCUGGCAGUUCUGCUUCACAGUUCCCAUUCUAAUUAUAGGUUUCUUUGGUUUUGGUUUCAGGACUUUUUCAGGCCUUUAGAAUAAAAAUUUAUCCUCCAGCUAUCCAAAGCUGAAAAUUGAGAAAAAAUUCUGGAAUGAAAUACAGGAGCUUUCCUCCUUUGCAUUUGUGGCAGAAUGACAAUUGUUAUUGCUCUUGGAGACACAGUUCCCUACAGUUUCGAAAAAUAAUUUUUGGAUAGCUCUUAGGAUAGAUAGUAUUUAUAAUAUUUUAGGCAUUGUGUUAAUAAACUCAGAUCUUUCACUACUGAAAACAUUCACAUUAAAGACUGCAAGAAUGUGUAUCAAGGUACAAUUGUCUAAAAUCAUCUGAAGAGUUCUGUUUUGUUUCAUUGUUAAAAAAAAAUAUGGUGCUUAACAUCUGGAAGACUAUAUGACAUCUGUAGUCCUCUGUCCAUGACUACAUUCACCCUCUCUAGUGGAUUGCUACAGGGAUCUUCAAACAUUUGUAAGACCUGAAAAGGCAAGAUGCCUAGACCAUCGCUUAAGCCUCAGGUCUGCAUUCACAAAGGUAGGAGGAUAGGACAGCAGUAGAAGAAAAGGCCAAGAAGAGUCUCUGAGCGCUUUGUAAACUGAGCGUCUUUUGACUAAUAGAUGUUAAGACAGAUGAACCUCUUGGGCUGCAGUCCUGUAGACACUUACAUGGGAGUAAAUCCUGUUGAACUAAGUAGAGCUUACUUCUGAGUAGAUAUGCACAGGAUUGUGCUGUCAGUUAUUUUGUCUGAGAGCACUAAAAUGGAACAUUUAUGGUUGGGUCUCUUCACCCAUUUUUAACACUAGCAGUGCACCUAAGAGAAGCACUACAUCUUUCCUAGCUGAAGUAGCUCUUUGUUUGAAGCACUUGGUGUUACAGGUCUAAAAUUCUCUUUUUAACUGUCAACUGUUAUGAGGCUUUUGGUUUUGAUGGAUUUGUUUUUGGGUUUUUUUUUGUUUUUUUUAGGGAAAAAAAAGUUUUGAAACAUUAGGCUCAUUUUGUGUCUCCAGGUAACACCUGGAGGCAUGUAAAAUAGAUCAGUUUGCAAAACAGGCACAGGUGUUUUUUUUUUUU